ACUUUUCCACUGUCUUCUUGUUGAAUCUUGGCGUCUAAGGACCCUAUCACUUCCUUGAUGGAAGGGCCAAACAAUAUUCUGUCCUUGUGAGGUGUCUAAAGUGCAAUGCUAUUCCAUAGCUUCAGAAUCGAGAGACUCCUUGAUUUUGCAAAGUAACUAAACUUUAUCACAAAAAGCAUAGUUUAUGUGUUGGUUAUAUUAUAUACCUACUGAAGUUUCUAUACCACAAAAACAUAUAUUGCUUGGAAGUUAGUGGUCAAAGAGUCUCUCAUGGGGAAAGUGCAAGGUUUUAGCCUUCUAUCUUUUGGUGGCUGCUUUGAUGGUUGUCGUGACCAUACUCAAGGCUCUGGUUACGGAACAAGGAUAUGGAACCUCAGUGAUCGACCAGUGGAGCUGCAAAUAAGGGUGGGAUCAAUACUGAAGAAGAUUCACACGUUGAAGCCGGGGUCUUCUAAAAGAUUGAAAUCUAAAAGCAUAUAUAAGGCUUAUAUGCCUGGGAGGAGUGGCAGUGUCGGUGGUAGCUUGAAGAGCUUAUUGUAUUACUAUGAUGAAACAUAUCACCCUUAUAUUUGGAUUCAUGACACAGGGUGUCACUCCUUAAGGAUGGCUAAGCAGCAGUAUAUUAGCCUUGAGGAUCUGAGGGAUUCUUCUGAGAUCAAAGUCUUCUGGGAUCAUCAGAGAGGUUCUAUAUCAGUUCGUAAGAGAACAAGGCCAGAUUUCUGCUGAAUUUGAAUUUCACUCCAAGCUUAUUUUUCAUGUUUGUUUGUCAUGAGUUAGAUAUUUGGUUUUUUUAUUUCAUUCUGGGUUUCUCCAUCCCCCCCCCCCUUUUCCAUCAUUGUAUUGAUAACAAUAAGAAUGAACUUCCUGAUCACACUUGAUGUUGUUUUUGUUAUAAUGUAGUUCUUUUUUCUGUUA